ACGGCACAUGAAAUACAAACGACCAUGAAAUCCUAUUUAGUUUGAAACUAUGGGCAAAUUCGAAUAUGCCCAGCCUACUACAGUAGGGUUACCCCCCUAACUAUAUGCCCCCCGUCGACCUGUCUGAGCAUUUCUUCUUCAGUACGCAUCUGUGUCUGUGAAAGCCUCGGCUCAAGCUCUGACUGAUAUUUAACCCACUGUUGUACAGUGAACUGACGAGCGCGAGGAGGAGGGAUCCGUCAUCUUCACGGUCUAAGGCAGCAUGUAGACGGGCUCCUAUCUUGCCACGGCCGAGAGAGAAAUGGCGUGAGAAAGUGUCAAAAUUCGAGAACAUCUAUCUUUGGAUGCAGAGUAACCUGAUGUUUCACAGCUGUAAAUAGUUUUGGAGUCUUGGUUCAUUGUGUUCAGUCUACAGGGCACGCGCUACACGCUGCGCUCUUUGGCUGUGGUGACAGUUAAGCUUUCCGAGCUGGGUUCUCCGCCAGUGCAAUCUAAUGAAUUAAUUGUUAUACAGGACUAUACACUUGCAACUUGUUCCCAGAACGGUGGCGCGUGACUCCCGGUGGAUGUAACGUUGAGUGGAGUGGCGCGGGUCGGUGUGCGGUCGUAUAGAGCGGUGGCGGACCAAACGCAAGACGUCCAAUUGAAUCUCCCUUCCCGUGUCCAGGUGCCUCUGCCCGCCUCAUAACGGAGAUGUUGCUCCUCGGAAUACUGCUCAACAUCUUCAUACGAGGUGUGGUCCCCUCCUUGCCGCCCCUCCCCUUGGGCUUUGUAGAUUGUGUGGAGGCAGAGAGGGGGUGUAAGGAAGACACCCAGUGUAAGGAGCUGUACAUGACCCUGGAGUACUGUGCAUCCGAGGAGGCGGUGGCUCCGGGGGAAAAGGCCGGGAUAGAGUGCCUGGAGGCCCUGAGCGCCCUGCACUACCUCCCCCUGUUGGCCUGCAAGUGUCAGCGCGGCGCACGCAGAGAAGAGCACUGCCUCCGCGUCUACUGGAGCAUCAGGAUCCUGCAGGGUUAUGAUGACUUUGAGGAGUCUCCCUAUGAGGAAUCGCCAGUGGAGACUUCUCGAAUGGCCUCCUUAGUGGCAGCAGCCUCCUCUCUUCUUCUAGAUGGACAUAACGUAUGUCUGAAGGCAGCCCAGGACUGUGGUCUGUAUGAGAAAUGUGGUUCCCUGAGGUCUGAGUACGUCCUUGCCUGCACCAAGCGUGCCCCAGGCUUGGACCACUGCAACAGGCAGAAGUGCCACCGGGCGCUGCGGCGCUUCCUGGAGCGCGUCCCGGAGGAGUACAGCCUGGGGUUGCUGUUCUGCCCCUGUACUGACAAACUGUGUGGGGAGAGACGCAGGAAGACCAUCGUCCCCUCCUGUUCCUACCAGGAGAGAGACAUGAUACAGCCCAACUGUCUGCAUCUGCAGAGCUUCUGCAGGAGGGAUGAACUCUGCAGGUCCAGACUGGCUGAUUUCCAGCAUAACUGCCAGCCCUCCGGCCAUUCCACUUCCGUCUGUAUCAGAGAGAGUGGAGCUGUGUGCCUCAAAUCCUACGCCGGACUCAUCGGCACCAUCAUGACCCCCAACUACGUUAGCAACAGCACUGUGGACGUGGCCCUGUGGUGCAACUGCAAGGGCAGUGGCAACCAAUGGCAGGACUGCUUGAGGAUCCAGCACAUGUUCACCAACAACGCAUGUCUGGAGAACUCCAUCAGUACCAUGGGUAGCUCCCCCCCUCGGCCAGUGGAGAGCACUUAUCCCCCGCCCUCUCGCCCCUCCCACCUGGACCAGCAGAAUGAGCUCAGCAACAAUGCCCAGGAUAAGUUCAGCAACAACGCUGUCCUAAAGCAUCAGCACUCUGCUGUAGCACAGACUCAGCCACAGCUCCGCUGCUACAGCCAGACACACAAUGGAGGAGGAUGGAGCAGCUUUCAUUUAUUAGUUUAAACAAAUACACAAAAAACUAAAGCAGAAAGGCACCAUUUGAAGCCAACCCCUUCCUAAACGGCUCCUUUAGCCCCACACCUGUAACACACACAUUCAUUGGUUGUAUUCAUUCAUACACUCAAUGGAUGUUUCUGUGUGGUGUGUUUUUGUGUGUGAACAUCCAGCUGUGCUAUGCUGUCUACCUGCCUGCCCUGCUUUCACAUUCAUAAUCACCUUUCAUCUUUAAUAAUCACCCAUCUUUAAUUUAUAAAACUGCUGUACUACAUACUCAUUAAAAUGUCUAUGCCAGAUGUGUACGUCGUUAUUUAUGCAUACGCGCAGUAAUUACCACAAACAAUGUCAUGUUGUAUUGACUGUAUAUCGGCCAUCAGGAUGACUUAGUGUGUGUGUUCGUGUGUAGACUCUUAUCAGAUCAGAGGAUGCUCAAGGGUUACAAUGUUUUCCUGCUGCACCUGUACUUAGCUCUGUCUGUCAGUCACUCUGUGUAACCAUGGUGAUGCUGUGUCUCUGCCUCUGUUCGCUGUAGCACCAAAUCAUGUUAAAUGGUGCUGAAUAAUGGUAAGAUGUUCGUGCUUUUCUAUCCCAGCACCUCCGGAGGUGAAGCAGCCAUUUUGAGCAUUUUUCCCCCAGGUGGGCCGUGCCUCCUGCAGGUAGCCGGCUGAAUAGGCUGAUGGGUAUUCAGGAUGAGAGAGGACACGCUGGGACUGCAAAUGACACGCACAUUCAUGAGCAAGCAGAACUGAACUGCCUGACUUCUCUGCACAGCAACAAUAUGAUGAUGAAACCCUUUCUUCUUUCUUGCUCACUCUCCUGAACGCUGAGUGGACCGAUCUUCUCUCUUUCGUCAGGCUUGAGACAUCCCCCCACUAUCUUCCAUGUGUUGCUCAGACAGUGGACAGUCACAGGAAGGACCAUUCAGGAUCACAGAACUGCUCUGCUGGUGUUCAAGAAUGCAAAACAAAACAUGAUGACAAAACACUGAUGCCAUGAACAUUCUGUUCACCCGCUUCCCUUUAAGCAUGUCUGUGUACCACAGGAGAGGGCCAGCUUUGCCCUCCUACCCCCCAGAACUCGUUCUGUUCUGACCCCUCCUCUACACACCCCGCCCAGUGUUCUCUUGAUCAGGUAGUGUUCUGUGCUUUCCUCUAUCUGCUGUUCAGAGAGACAGCCACCACCACUGUGUACAUCGGUGAACAUAAUAAAUGAAUGAUCUUACAUUUACUUACUUUCCCUUCUGGUUUUAGUGUACAGUUGACCUUAAAUGAAAUGGCUUGGAACUGUUGUGAAUGUGCUGACUAGACCAUGUACAUGAUCAAGUAAAGAAAAAGCAUUUGAACUGGUAUAUAUAUUUGAAUGGCACAGAUAAUGCACUUAGCCAAUGUACUUUUAUCUAUAGUCGACUACAUUUAAUGAACACAUUAAGACGGCCUAUAGAUUACCUUCAUAUGCACCAAUUCUCUGUCCCAGUUGUAACAUGGCGAUAUUGUGUUGAAGCAGUGACAAUGAUGAUGAUCAUUGAAACACUACAUCAGGUUUAAUGGCCAUUGUCAGUGUGUGGUUAAUGAAAUCAUUGUGAUGUAUUUCUGCUUUGUCUGAAUUCUCCUGAAGACUACAUUCUCCAGUGGCUUAUUAGAUAAUUAAAGAGUGACCAGCGACUACCAAACACUGUGGUCACACACACACACACACACACACACACACACACUGACACACACACACACUAACACAUGACACACACACAAACACACACUGUCUGUGAAUCAGAGGAGCACCAAUCACAGACCUAUUAAAUAAUCAGACAGGUUUCUCUCCCAUUGUGUCCAAUCAGAGCAAAUAGGUCUCCUGCUGGUGUGUCGUGUCUUGUUCCCUAUUUUUCUAGGGUCUCUCUCUCACUCUCUUCCUAUCUCUACCUUAACCUCCAUCUCCCUGUGGAACCCAACAAACUUUUCCUCCUGAGUCUGUUCAGACAGAUGAGUGUUCAGACAGAGAGAGAUGGAAGAGCAGGAGACCCAGUAAAGCUUUUAAUCUGUAAAUGGAGAGAGAGGUAUCCAGUAAUGGUCAUUUAAGCAGUAAGUCCUCCUCAGUCUGCCUCGUUCGUGCUUCCUAAUGGUCCUUAAACAUUUAUGACCCUGAUGAUAACAAAGGAAGACUGCAGCCUAAUCAGAUCAAUGCUGGUUAAAAACCCUACUCUGAACUGCACCGGCAUCAGCCAUUGGUGGGGGGAAGAAAACACAACUCAUAUCUGGCUCCAUAUCAGCUUUUAAAGCAAGCGUCUGUCCUCCUUAUAUAGGCAAUAAAUAAACUGCAUUGUGACACUGACUGUCUGUAGGAAUCCAACACACACCGUUUCUUCCUUGCUCACUUACUUUGCAGUGUAGUCCACUCUCUCUCUCUCUCUAGUUCUCUCCCUCCCUCUCUCUCUCUAGCUCUCUCUGUUUCUCUCCAUCGGUUUGAAAUGGAGAGAUAUGUACUCUCUGAAUAGUUGAGACUGCAGUCAGAGAUUGGGGUGGCUCUGAAUAGCCGGGCAGAUAAAGAUGGAUUUCAUUCAGAAAUGGAUGGAGAAACUGUGUCUAUCUCUGGGUGGUACAGAACGUCUCAUCCUACUCCGUCUAAAUGGCUUCUAUUGGGAGUGAUGAGAUUCAGCCUCCACUCCCCACAGACUGCAUCCUGCAGCAUUACAGGGUCACAAGGGUUAAAUGGCCCAAUAAGGAAAAGACAUACUGCAUUACACACUGCAUUAUAACACAGACACACACACACACACACACACACACACACACACUGUGGGACUCUCCAGCUAUCAGGAUCUGUGUAUUCACACCGGAGCAGUUUAUUUCCAUCCACCUGCACAAACCAACUGGCUGAAUUCUACCAAGCUGCACUAAUGUUUGCAGUGCUGAGCUGCAGGGUAUUUGCAGAAGUUUGCUGGUGGUGCUAAAUAAAGCUUGAUUUGAUUUGA